GAAUCCUCUCUCUUGUAUAAAUUGAGACUGUUUCCGCAAAUUCCACCAGAUUCCUCCCGAACUUCCCUUCCAGUCAACAACAACUUCUUCCCUCACAUAAAAGUUCCAGUAUUAAAAUUAGCAAUAAACCCCAAACUCCUUCGGAAUGUGACCAACCUGCUCAGUUCUCACUAACUGUACUCCUUUUUCCUGUCUUUUCAAAGUACCUGGGCUAUCAGCGAAUAAAAAUCAAAUUCUGACAGCAUUAGAAUAACUAUCUCAGAAAAUUUUUGGAAUCCGGUCCAUUCAGUUGCAAUGUGAUUCGUACUUUGGAAUGAACUUGUUCUUACGCUUGUUUAAUAUUGAGGCAAAAACUAAAUUGCAUAAUCCAAAUCCUCCCUUCAAUCCUGCUGCUGCUGCUACAUUUACAUGACAGCGAAUAUCAUUGGAAUUCGAACCUUGUCCAUAUAAAGUUGAGACGACUUGAGCCCUGAGACAUUUCACGUGGUCACAAAAAAAGUAGAAAAAUGGGCCCUCAUCUUCUUCUCUCCAAACUUUUCCCACACCAUCACCAGCAAAUUCUACAAGUGGCAAUGUUGCUUCUCGUUAUUUCGUCUUGUGGGGCAAUCACCACCACGAGAAACAAGAAGGAGAUUAACAGCAUUAUUAACACCACCAGCAACACUACCACUUCAACAACAGGAACGAGUACCAGCAUAAAUGUAAAUCUAAAUAAGCCAUCCACUGAAGAAGUACGGGAUGGCUCGCCUCCGAAGAGUUUGCCCAUUUUACUUGAGCAAAUAGGCCAAGCUGACUUAUCAUCUGCUGCCACUCCUUCGCUAAUUGGAGGGGGCAGCGACGGUGGGCGCCAGGCUCGGUCGUCCGGGUGGGUGUGGAAGGAAUCUACGGAAGGGCCGUCAUCAGAGGAGAAGAAUGAGACGAAGGGUGUCGACCAGGACGAGGGUGGUGGGGCGCAGGCAGUGGGCGACGGAGCAGAGGGUCGCGGCUACUAUACAUUUGGAGACCGCUGGACCACGUCACCGUAUCCGUCAACGUCAACCUCUGCGGGCGGCGCUUGUAUUUGCGUGCCGUACUAUUUGUGCGACGAGGGACAGGUCGUUACGAUAAUUGAUAUUCGUCAUGGAUGGGGUUGCAACUCUGUUCUCGAAGUUUGCUGUCGAAAUCCAAGGCCCACCGUGCCCACUGUGCCCACAAUUCCACCACCUUAUCCCACACCGGUCCCCACGUCCCCACCCAUCACCGCCCAACCAGGCUUCACCCCACAAUGUGGCACCCUCAAUCCGAACGGAGUUAAUGCCCGCAUCCUCGGAUUUAAGGAUUCCGAGUCUCAGUUUGGCGAAUACCCGUGGAUGGCUGCUAUCCUCGAGUCAAAGUUCAUACGAGGAAAAUGGGUUUUGCAAUUUUUGUGCGGAGCAUCUUUAAUUACACCACAGGUCGUUCUGAGUGCGGCACACUGCGUCAAAGGAAAACGUGUGUCAAAUCUCAUCAUACGGCUGGGAGAAUGGGACACACAGUCGACCAAUGAGUUCUAUCCCUAUCAGGACAAAAAAGUUACGGAUAUGGUGAUUCAUCCAGAAUUCUACAGUGGUGGAUUGUACAAUGAUAUUGCCCUACUUUUCCUCCGGACUUCUUCAAUUCUGGCACCUCACAUCGACACGAUUUGCUUACCCCGUUCACAGAGCCCCUCGUUAACUGAGUACGACCCGUCCUCUUGCUGGGCAACCGGUUGGGGUAAAAAUGCGUUCGGCCCCACUGGACAGUAUCAAGCCAUCAUGCGCGAAGUCGAACUUGCCAUCACACCCAACGACGCUUGCCAAAGCGCCCUUCGUAAAACAAACCUCGGACCGAACUUUAACCUCCACUCGAGUUUCAUCUGCGCAGGGGGACAGAAGGGACUGGACACUUGCAUUGGAGAUGGAGGGGGUCCCCUCGUUUGUCCCAGUUUGUAUGACCCUUGGCGUUACAUUCUCGUUGGAAUCACCUCAUGGGGGAUAAAAUGCGGAACUUAUGCCGUCCCGGGAGUUUACACCAAUGUCCCCAAGUUCCGAUCAUGGAUCGAUUCUGAAAUAUAUCAGAGGUUGCCGUACAAUGCAAGCCGGUGGACUCUUCCCCUGCCUCCGCAGGGUGGGUGACGACUUUAGGGAGGGGAUACUUAGUAAAGUUGGUCGUGGUGAAAAGGGAUCCAAUAAAAAUUCUGUCAAAUCUGGAGAUAAUUUGAGAAAUGGUUGUACUUUGUCGAAAAAAUUGGGCCAAAAUUUUGUAGUAGUUGAAAUAGCAAUUAUUGUAAUUAAUUAUUGGUAUAUUUACAAGUAUUGUACUUAAGGCCCCAAAUGAAUUUGAAUAAUUUAAAGUAAUCUGUUUACUUGA